UGUCCUUGUCUCUCUCUCUCUCACUGGCACUGAGUCUAUGCUGAGGAACACUCACCAGUGAGUACCAUGGGAGGGGAGAUCACAGAGAAAAGCAUGGAAGAGAGUUUAUUACUGAAAGAGAAAUCAGAAGUGAAAAACGAGAGUGUAACAUGGAGUGCUUUGACUCAGGAGUUGAAGAGAGUGGGAUGCAUAGCAGGACCCAUGGUGGCUGUGACUUUAACCCAGAACUUGAUGCAAGUUAUUUCAUUGAUGAUGGUGGGUCACCUGGGUGAGCUUUCUCUCUCUAGCACUGCCAUAGCCAUCUCUCUCGCUGGUGUCACCGGCUUUAGUCUUCUUUUUGGAAUGGCGAGUGCACUAGAAACCCUAUGUGGGCAAGCUUAUGGAGCUCAGCAGUAUCGAAAGCUUGGAAUCCAGACGUACACAGCUAUAUUUUCUCUAACCUUAGUCUGUUUCCCUGUGUCUUUGUUAUGGAUUUACAUGGGAAAGCUACUUAGUCUCAUUGGCCAAGACCCUCUAAUUUCAUAUGAAGCUGGUAAAUUCAUUGUUUGGCUUAUUCCUACACUCUUUGCUUCCGCUGCUCUUCAACCGCUUAUUAGAUUUUUCCAGACACAAAGUUUGAUCAUGCCCAUGCUUGGGUGCGCUUGUGUUAGUCUUUGUUUACACGUACCUAUAAGUUCGGUUUUGAUAUUUAAGUCUGGCUUGGAUAACCUUGGAGCAGCAGUGGCACUCGGUAUUUCUAAUUGGUUGAAUGUCAUUUUACUUGGAUUAUAUAUGAAGUUUUCUUCUGCUUGUGAAAAAACCCGUGUCCCUGUUUCAAUGGAGUUGUUCCAAGGAAUAAGAGAGUUCUUUCGCUUUGCUAUUCCUUCUGCCAUAAUGAUUUGCCUUGAAUGGUGGUCGUAUGAGCUUCUCAUCUUGCUAUCUGGGCUUUCACCUAAUCCACAGCUUGAAACUUCAGUUCUUUCUAUAUGUCUCACUACCAUCUCAACACUCUAUGCAAUGCCUUACGGACUUGGUGCUGCAGUAAGCACUAGAGUUUCAAAUGAAUUAGGAGCUGGAAACCCAGAAGCUGCUAGGAUAGCCGUCUUUGCUGGGUUUUCUUUUGGAGUCACUGAGGCUUGCAUAUUAAGUACAACCCUCUUUGUCGGCCGGCAUGUUUUUGGUUACAGUUUUAGCAACGUGAAGGAAGUUGUGGACUAUGUCACAGCCAUGGCUCCUCUGAUUUGUCUAUCCAUUACAGUGGACGGCGUUAAAGGGGUACUUUCAGGUGUUGCUAGAGGAUGUGGGUGGCAGCACAUAGGAGCUAAUGUGAAUCUUGGUGCAUACUAUCUUUGUGGAAUUCCGACUGCUGCUAUGUUGGGUUUCUGGCUGCAGCUGAGGGGAAGGGGCCUUUGGAUUGGAAUACAAACCGGUGCUAUUGUUCAAGUAGUUUUGCUGUCUAUCAUAACAAGUUGUACAAAUUGGGAAAAACAGGCACGAAAGGCAAGGGAGAGGUUGUUCGAGCCAAGAAAUUGAUUAGAAAAUGAAUUAGCGUCAGUAUAGUAUGCGAAGAAUUUUCAAAGAGCUGAUUUCAUGUUGCAUCUGUAUGGGAGAAAUAUUGCUUAAUUGUGGUAAAAUCAAUUUUCAC